AUGUCAGCGGCCGCAUCCUGGCGGCUUAGUGUGCAGAGCAGCUCUGUGGCACGCUCACUGCAGGCGAACCUGCUGAUCGACGAGGUCUCUGCCAGCAGGACUCAGAGUAUUUUUGUUUUUUCCCACAGGCGUUGUCUGGUGCAGACUGGAGCAGUGCUGCUCGAGCCAUGGAGGGAGUGUGUGCUGCAGUUUGCACGGCUUUUUCCGUGGCUUAUUCUGGGUACUUUCUCACCCACCUGGCACGUCACAUCACCCGUGCCUGGAGAGAAUCCGGUCUUUGGAGCCCAACACCAACCUCGGAGGAUCCUCUGGCUGCGUGUCUUCCUGCAGAAGAGGCCAAAGAAGAGGAAGAUGCUCCCCAAACUGUGCCUGCUGCCACUGCAGGGCCUGAGCAUCCAGCAUCAAGCACAAGGGCAGCGUCAGCACCUGCUCUGGCUGCCUCUGUACCCGAGGAAGAGGCUGAAGAGGAGGAAGGUGCCAAUGAACCUGGCCCUGCUGUCAGCCCACAGCCGGAGCAAACAACACCAUUCCAUCGAAUCUGUCCUGGCACCUGCACGAGCUGCAGCUGAAGGCUCGGGAGAAGGCUCCAGUGCCCAGGCUGGAAGCUCAAGCACGAGCAGCUCGUGCACCGGGAGCACGACCAGCUCGUCUGGCAGCAGAGAGCAGCAGCGAGAGAGGACAGAGGACAAGUGCCUGGCCAUGCUGAAGAUGCUGGUGAGCGAGGGAGAUCCUGAGGCUAAAUACACAGAAGUGGAAACUCUUGGCAAAGGGGGUUUCGGCACUGUGUGCAUGGCAGUGGAGACUGUCACAGGAGAAGAGGUGGCCAUCAAGAAAAUUAGUCUCCUGCAAGAGAGCAGCAGCGAACUGUGCCUGAAUGAAAUCCAGGUCAUGCGUGGCAGUAAGAAUGCCAACCUUGUGAACUUUGUAGAUAGCUACCUGGUGGACGAGGAACUCUGGCUGGUGAUGGAAUACAUGGACGGAGGUUCUUUACACGAUGUCAUUAGGGAGACUCGCAUGGAAGAAGGAGAGAUAGCAGCUGUCUCUCGGGAGUGCCUGCAAGGCCUGGAUUUCCUGCACUCCAAUCAAGUGAUCCACCGCGAUAUCAAAAGCCACAACAUUCUCCUGGGCUUGGAUGGAUCAGUCAGGUUGGCUGAUUUUGGCCUUGCUGCUCAGCUUACUGCUGAGCAGAACAAAUGGAGAUCAGCUGUUGGAACGACUUACUGGAUGGCGCCAGAAAUUUUCACCAGGAAGCCCUACGGCCCCAAAGUGGACAUCUGGUCCUUUGGCAUUGUGGGGAUCGAGAUGGUGGAAGGAGCGCCUCCGUACCUGAUGAAAACCUCCCGCACGGUUCAACAGCUGAUAAGCACCGGGGCCCCCCCGAAGCUGCAGAAGCCCAGGCAGCAGUCGGCGUGGCUGCGAGACUUUCUGCACUGCUGCCUGGAGAGGGACGAGGACAGGCGCUGGUCUGCCCAGGAACUUCUGCAGCAUCCAUUUGUAACAUCAGCCAAGCCAGCCUCCUCCCUGACGCCUCUGAUCAUGGCCACGCAGCAGUUCAUGGCCGACAGAAGAUUCUAGCCCUGGAGGAGGCCUUUGUUGCUGUUUGUAGUUGUAGUUUGUAGUUUGUAGUCUGUAGUUUGUAGUUUGUAGUUUGUUUUGAGCGAUAGUCAGAAUAAAUACUAUAAUAAAUAAACCCUUUGCUGUGUUGGAAGCUUCCCUUUGUUCUCACCCUGUGAAUAAGCUCUAAAUUUGCUUCUGAAUGGUCAGGUGUUUCUGCUGUGUGGGAAGACCCAUGGAUGGGGUUUGUGGCACGGUUUGUUUGUGAGCAAAGGUUUUCUUCCUUCCUUGCCUCCAGGCCACAGCCUCUUGUGGAGAUACAGGCUUGCAGCUGUGACUAGAGGAGCAGAGCAGGGCAGAAUGGAGCAGAGCAGUGGUGUCACUGCUGGGGAUGCUGCUGUGCCUGUGGCUGUGUUGCAGCUCUUGGGAAAGGUUGGGAGCGUCUGUGUUGCUGUGGGCAGAGGGGGAGGGAGCCGGGCUUCUCCACAGGCUCAGGCGCAGGUGAGUGUCCAGUGGGAAGGCAAGUUCUGCCACGGGAACUGAUGCCAACACAAGGGAGUACUACACAUACUUGCCUUGGUGGAGUAAUUUCAUGCUUUGCUCCAAGGAGCUGACAAGAAGUCUGAAAAUUUGCUGAAUGUGGUAAAAAGAUACAGCUUUGGCAAUUUGAACAAAAAUAGGGUGUUUAUUUAAAGGGGAAAAACAAAAGGGGAGGUAAGGAAAAAGAAGAAAGGAAAGAAAGAAAAAAGGAUAAAGCCCCAGGCCCAAGGAUUGAGGAAACCUCUAGCCGAACUGGCGUCUGGCCCCAAGGCAAGAACCCAAGGGCAUUGCAGUGAAUGCACUUAGUCUGCCCUCAAAUCUGGAAAAAGGUCUCUAAAAAGAGAUAUUGACCAAAAUCUGCACUGUGGGGUCCCCUGCUGUAGCUAAGUCACAGUCCCAGGAACAGUAAAAGACAGCAAAGACAGCUCUUCAGGCCAGGCUGCCCCUUUGAUGUUCUCGCUCCCCUCAGUCUGUACUUGCAGUUCUGCCCCCAUAGUCUCUGGUGAUUGGUGCUAGUAGAUGAUGAGGUAAGAUCUUCUUUCCCAGAGUGUGCUGUCACUGGGGUGGGAUGAUCUCUCUGAGGUUUUUGAUGGGAAGCUCUCUCAUUAGUACGCACAGUUGCUAUGGCAUCAAGUUCAACCUGGAGUGGGUUAGAAAUUGUCUGUAAAAUGCUGCAUGCUGUUGGUGAGAGGAAACUGCACUGGGACAUUUGAAAGUAUAAGGCUACUAAAAAGAGAUAAUUAAAUUUACAAAUAAUGUAAUUAGGUUAAGAACAAAGGAUUAUAAAAAUAAUAUAGUUCUUAUUUUGCUACCUAUUUUAACAGGACUGUUAAACAUUCAGUUGGGAUCUACUGAAUAGCUAGUAUAACUUGAUAAUGAUUUUAUAUUAUUUACUUCAUUAAUUUGAACACUUUUAUUUGAUCAAACUAGUAACUUUAAACAGUUAUAAAUGCAAAAGCUAAUUAAUAGUUACAAAUAUAAACCAGACACAAAUGCAAAAGCCAUGUAAGGGAUUUUAUAAAUGACAGUUCCUCCCUCUUUCUCUUAUAUUAGUCAUUGGCUUUUGCAUUUACAUAAAUGUAAAAGUUCUUUGUUGAUAGAGUUUAGUUGUUUAGAAUUAAUCUAAACUUGCUGGGCCUUUUUACCCGUUUUCCUAUCACUUUUGACUGGAUUGAGAUUUAUGAUUUUCUUGACAGUAGGCAUAGA